CGCAUGCACGGCCACGAUCGCCGUCAUGCCGCUCACCACGCACGCGAGGAGAAGCGUGAGGUCGGUGACGUUGUCACCGCUACGAUUGACGGAAAGAUUGCCACCUGGGUCAAUGAGUACGCUGGUGGUGGUGCCGAUGCUGCCACCGCUACCACAGACUCUGAUGCCGCUGCCGCUACUGCUGAGACCAGCACCACCGACGCUGCUGACGCCGCCGCUACUACUACCGAGACUUCUGACGAUCUCCCCGAAGUUUCAAGCGUUUCAUCUGCCCCUGGCCAUUGCGGCAACUGGCACGAAAAGUCUGACGAGUACUCCCGUGAGGGAUUCGGUCUAUCCACCCUGUCUAACGGCCUCGAGUACAUCAAAUACAUCGGAAACAUUGGGAACCCCUGGGGUAGCAACAUGAUUGACGUCGAAGCCGACAAGGCCUGCAAGUACCAGAACGUCGUCAGAUUCGAGGGCAGUCAGACCGACCCCUGGACCAUUGUCUUCUGGAACAACUACGGUCCCACUCGCAAGAUGGACGGCUGGUACGGACAUUCUGCCCUCAAGCUCACUCUUGAACCCGGUGAUGUCAAGUACGUGGCCUUCGACGACGAUUCCCAGGGUGGAUGGAGUGCCGCUAAGGGUGAAACCAUUCCUGUUGAUGCCAAUGGUGGUUACUCUGCCACUUGGGGUGAAUUUGACUUUGCCAGUGACAAGAAUGACGGCUGGUCUGGUUUUGAUGUCUCGUGUAUCCAGGCUCAGAACGCCAACCAGGAAGUCCAGGGCAUGAAGAUCUGUGAACAUGGGGGCGAGCAGUGCUCUUACGUUACCAAGCUCGCUAAGAAGGUGAAGGACGCCUACACCUCCGCCGAGACUGGCUUGAACGGCAUCGGUGGCAAGGUGCAACAUAAGCCCGUCCGUCUCGUCGUCAACCUCGACUACGACGAAUAAGCCAUCAACUUUCUUGGGUUUUGGCGCUUGUCGUUUUAUUCUUGGUCUGCCUUUCGCGUUUAUACUCCCUAUCAAUUUAUCUUCUCUUGGAUCCUAGCAGCUUAGGAGCACGCUCUUAUACCUACGAUUCUUUCUUUUGGCUUUGUAAAUAGAAUUAUACCACUUUGCUCUUCUAGUCGAUAUUAACGUUAUGUACAUUCUGCCUACAUGGUUUUCCUUCCACGACAUGAUCAUAUGUCAUCUAGAUGUACAUAAUCACAAAUCCAACCUCCGCUAGAAGCAUCAGAACCUUCCAAGUCCC